AUGCCUGGACGUGUUCUUGAUCAACCCAAAAAGAGGGUCUUGACAGACACCACCAACACCCACAACGUCCUCAAAUCCCCGCCGUCGGCGAAGAAGAGGAAACUAAAUGGCGACCGACCCAAUGUCUCUUUCCACUCGUCACAGCCCGGCCCAAAUAGGUUCAAAUCAAAGCUGGGCUCGUCGCAGCCCAAGAGCCAGUUUGAAACCGAAGUUCUUGAGAAGAUGACACAGGACAUUGCGGGCUUGAAAGAGAACAAUUCCGAGAAAGACCAGCAGUGGGAGAGACCAAGUCUGGAAAACUUCAACGCGGACUCGGAUCCUUUGCGUUUCCAACAGAUUGAAAUUGAGGAAGGCACAUUACAUGGGGGAAAGAUUGCCCUUAAGAUGUUUGGUGUAUCGGAGACUGGCCACUCCAUCCUUCUCCAUGUCACUGAUUUCCUUCAUUACCUCUAUGUGGCGGCGCCGGUCAACUUCCAACGGUCGGAUGUGGAAGGGUACAAAGCAUACCUCGAGGCCCAACUGGCACAACAUCAACCCGCCAUCCAUUCCGUGCAGAUGGUGCUGCGCGAGAACCUGUUUGGGUUUCAGGGCAAUCAGAAGAGCCCCUAUCUCAAGAUUACGGUGACAGACCCAAAGUUUAUCAACCGAUUACGGACUGCGAUAGAGGACGGACAUGCCAACUACAAAGGGAUGUGGAAAGGCGUUGAAAGCAAAAUUUUGACCUUCGACAACAUCCAAUACGUUCUUCGCUUCAUGAUCGAUACGGGCAUCACCGGAAUGUCAUGGGUUGAGGUUCCCCCACAGAAGUAUCACGUCCUUCCUCAACAUGACGGCCAAUCUAAUUGCCAGAUCGAGGCGUACUGUCACUAUCGGGAUCUUGUCGCACAUGGACAUGACGGCGAAUGGGCAAAAAUGGCACCACUUCGAAUCCUGUCCUUCGAUAUCGAAUGUGCUGGCCGCAAAGGCAUCUUUCCCGAAGCCAAUCAAGACCCCGUUAUCCAGAUUGCAAACGUGGUCACAAAAUAUGGCGAGUCGAAGCCUUUUAUCCGAAAUGUCUUUGUACUGGACACUUGCAGCCUGAUUGUGAACACGAAGAUAUAUGAACACAGAUCAGAGUCUGACAUGCUUAUGGCAUGGAGACAAUUCUUGGAAGAAGUUGAUCCCGAUGUCAUCAUCGGCUACAACAUUGCAAACUUCGACUUCCCCUAUCUCCUCGAUAGGGCCAAACACCUGAAAUUGACUAAAUUUCCUUACUGGUCACGACUGAGAAGUGUAGCAUCCCACGCCAAAGACACCAACUUCUCCAGCAAGCAAAUGGGUAAUCGUGAUACGAAGUCCACAAACACUAAUGGCCGAAUUCAGUUGGAUUUGCUGCAGCUCGUCCAACGAGACCACCAACUUCGCAGCUACACGCUGAACUCUGUCUGUGCACAUUUCUUGGGUGAGCAGAAGGAGGACGUUCACCACACCAUGAUCACAGAGCUAUACAAUGGAACUCCAGAUUCGAGAAGACGAUUGGCUGUCUACUGUCUAAAGGAUGCUUACCUCCCCCAACGACUUAUGGACAAGCUCAUGUGCCUGGUUAACUACACGGAAAUGGCCAGGGUCACAGGUGUCCCUUUCAACUACCUCCUCGCCCGAGGGCAGCAGGUGAAAUUCAUCAGCCAACUUUUCAGGAAAGCUCUAGAGCAGCAAUUGGUCAUUCCGAAUCUGCGAAACGAAAGCACCGAUGAGCAGUAUGAAGGUGCUACAGUCAUUGAGCCCAUUCGAGGCUAUUACGAUGUGCCCGUUGCUACUCUGGAUUUCGCUUCCUUGUAUCCUUCUAUCAUCCAAGCCCACAAUUUGUGUUACACCACACUAUUGAACAAGAACAUCAUCGAGAAACUCAAUCUGAAGAAGGACGAAGACUAUAUUCUCACUCCCAAUGGGGAUCUCUUCUGCACCGCCAAAGUUCGCAAAGGACUUCUUAGUCAAAUUCUGGAAGAAUUGCUGAGUGCACGAAAGCGAGCAAAGAAGGAACUCGCUGUAGAGACAGACCCAUUCAAGAAGGCGGUGCUCAACGGACGCCAACUCGCUCUAAAAAUAUCUGCAAACUCUGUCUACGGUAUCACAGGUGCCACUGUUGGCAAGCUGCCCUGUCUCGCCAUUGCAUCGAGCACCACAGCAUAUGGCCGUCAAAUGAUCGAAAAGACAAAGCAUGAGGUGGAACAAAAGUACACAAUGGCAAAUGGCUAUUCGCAUGACGCCCAGGUCAUCUACGGUGAUACCGACUCAGUCAUGGUCAAGUUUGGUGAGAAGGAUCUUCGAAAGACCAUGGAACUUGGAGAAGAAGCCGCCAACUUUGUCUCUUCUAAAUUCAUCAAACCGAUCAAAUUGGAAUUCGAAAAGGUCUACUUUCCUUACUUGCUGAUCAACAAGAAAAGGUACGCGGGACUGUACUGGACGAAUCCAGAGAAGCAUGACAAAAUGGACAGCAAAGGCAUUGAAACUGUCCGACGGGACAACUGUCGUCUCGUCCAAGUCGUCAUUGAGACAGUUCUGAAAAAGAUCUUGAUCGACCGAGACUUAGAUGGCGCGCAGGAUUAUGUCAAGGAGACAAUUGCCAACCUUUUGCAAAACAAGAUCGAUCUCAGCAUGCUAGUGAUCACAAAAGCACUUAGCAAAAGCGACUACACGGCCAAACAAGCACAUGUGGAACUAGCUGAACGGAUGAAGAAACGCGACGCAGGCUCAGCUCCAGCACUGGGCGACCGUGUAGCGUAUGUCAUGGUGAAAGGCGCCAGCGGGUCCAAGAACUACGAGAACUCGGAGGAUCCAAUAUAUGUGCUCGAGAACAACGUCCCUAUCGACACCAAAUAUUACCUGGACAACCAACUCGCUAACCCUCUGGGAAGAAUCUUCGAGCCCAUCCUCGGUGAGCGACGUGCUAAUUCCCUACUUGCCGGCGACCAUACACGCUCCAUCUCUGUUGCUGCCCCUACCCUUGGCGGACUAAUGAAAUUCGCCAAAAAGACACAGACAUGCAUGGGCUGCAAGAAACCUCUCGUCAGCGCCCAGGAAUCCAAGGGUGCGGUGUGCGAGAACUGUCGUCCCCGAAUAGGCGAGCUGUACACCAAGCAGAUAAAAAAGGUCGGCGAACUGGAAGUAAGAUUUGCCAGGCUGUGGACACAGUGUCAACGGUGCCAGGGCAGUAUGCACUCUGAGGUGCUAUGCUCGAGCCGGGAUUGUCCGAUCUUCUAUAUGAGGAUGAAAGCGAGAAAGGAAGUAGAGGAGUCAGGAAAAGAACUGGCAAGAUUCGAUGCCGAUGUUGGUGCCAUAUGGUAG